AUAAAAUUUAAGGUUGCACUUGUGUUGAGCAAUGCCACAAGUGCCUUACAAUCCUUGGGAGUCCUUAUUCCUUAGUCCUACACUCCAACUACAAUCCUUGGGGUUUUCAACUAAUUAAUUGCCAAACUGACUCAUCCAUGCCCAUUAAGACCCAGCUGAACAAGUUGGUAUUUGGUAGUUGGUUGGUAGUUUAUAUAAACUCUUCUCUUCUUUUUUUACUCUUAUCCAAACUUGCACCUACUUCAUUUUCACAUUCAAGUAUUCUAUAUUCUUUUCUAAUUUGAAUAGAAUAUAAACAAUUAUUAAUCAGAGGUAAAAAUAAGAAUGGUGAAUUUAUUUACAUUGGUAACUGGAUAUCCAGGACCAAGCGGAUUCGGAUCUUCUUCUACUGCUGAACAAGUCACCCAUGGAAUCGAUGCUUCUAACCUCACUGCCAUUAUUACUGGAGGUGCGAGUGGAAUAGGAUGGGAAACAGCGAGGGUGUUGGCACUUCGAAAUGCACAUGUAAUAAUUGCUGCCAGGAAUAUAAACGCCGCAAAUGAAGCAAAACAACGCAUUUUGGACGAAAUCAAAUCAGGUCGAGUGGAUGUUCUCAAGCUUGAUCUCUCCUCAAUCAAAUCUGUCACAGAAUUUGCCCAUAAUUUCCUUGCUCUCAACCUACCUCUCAAUAUUUUAAUAAACAAUGCUGGCAUUAUGUUCUGUCCAUUCCAGCUUUCUGAGGAUGGGAUUGAGUUACAAUUUGCUACUAAUCAUCUUGGGCACUUUCUAUUAACAAAGUUGCUGCUUGACAAAAUGAAGCAAACAGCAAAAACAACAGGGAUUGAAGGAAGAAUAGUAAAUUUAUCGUCAAUCGCACAUCUUCACACUUAUUCAGGAGGAAUCAGAUUCAAUAAUAUCAACGAUAAAUCUGGUUAUUCUGACAAAAGAGCUUAUGGACAAUCUAAGUUGGCAAACGUACUCCAUGCAAAUCACUUGGCUGCUCAACUCAAGGAAGAGGGUGCCAAUAUAACCGUGAAUUCUUUACACCCAGGAUUAAUCAUGACAAAUCUCAUGAAACAUUCAUACUUUUUAAUGCGUUUUUUCAACCUUCUCACUGGCUUCUUUUUGUGGAAAACCGUCCCACAGGGAGCAGCAACAACAUGCUAUGUGGCCCUGCAUCCAAGCUUAAAAGGAGUAACAGGCAAGUAUUAUGUGGACUGCAACGAGUUAGAACCUUAUUAUCUUGCUAAAGACAAAGACUUGUCCAAAAAACUUUGGGAUUUCAGCGAGGAUUUGAUCAACUCAGCUUCCGACCUUAAACACACUGGAUAGAAUUCUACUUUUACAUGAACAUCGAGUUUAAAACUUACUUCUAUAUUACCGUAUUACUGUGACCGUAACCGUCUGUUAUGGUGAUUGUGACUGUAAUUGUGACAAUGACAUAUGUUUUAUGUCCCAUGUUACUUUUUUUUUACUAUUAUUGUUAAUUACAAGCCUUUAAAUUUCACUUUAA